AUGGUUGCCCCAGCUUACGUUCAAGACUCCUAUGUCGAUCACGAGUUAUCCACUAAUUUGGAUUCUACUUAUGCAUUUGAAGGUCCUGAAAAGGUUUUGGAGGUUUGGCUCUACGAAAAUGAGAACCAAUUAUCCUUCAUCCAAUCUUCUGAAGGAUUACGUUGUAUUCCUUUAGAAAAAUGGGUCCGUAUUUUGGAUUUGGUAAACUGCAAAAUUCUCUCAAUGAAAUCCAACUCACACAUGGAUGCUUAUUUAUUGAGUGAAUCGUCACUUUUUGUGUUUGCUCAUAAAGUGAUUUUGAAAACUUGUGGUACUACAACCACAUUAGCUUGUUUGGACCAAUUAUUUUCCACCAUCAAUGAGUAUUGCUUUGCUCCAAACGAUUCUUCAUUCAACUCCAAGAACUGUUUCCGUACUUUGUAUUCUCGGAGAUCGUUUAUGUUUCCAGAUAGACAAAUCCACGUUCACAGAGAUUGGAAAUCUGAAACAAAUUUGUUGAACAAGUUCUUCGCUAACGGGAAAUCUUAUAUUGUUGGUGAUAGUUUGUCUGAUGACCACUGGUACUUGUACCAAGGUGGAAAGGACAGUUCAACAAAGGAAGUGAUUCCAAAAAUGGCUCAUGCUCAAACUUUUGAAGUUCUAAUGACUGAAUUGGACCCUGAAUGUGCCGCUCAAUUUGUAACUGACAGAAAGCCAGGUAUGGACGAUGGCACCGAUGAAGAUCAUGACUUGGGUCACGAUAUGGGAUUGUGCACUAUGCAGAACUCUGGAUUGGAUUCCAUUUUUGCACCCACCAAUGCUUCUUCUUUAGGAGAUUCGCUUUACACUGCUGAUGGCAAGUUACUCCAUGAUGCCUUUUCAUUUACUCCCUGUGGGUUUUCUUCUAACACUAUGGGAGAAGAAUUAGGUGGAUACUACUAUACUUUGCACAUCACUCCUGAAAACGGAUGGUCAUAUGCCUCGUUUGAGACUAGCUACCCAUUCCUGGCAGAAAAGGCUGCAGUUGGAGUUGUAGAGGUCUUGGUUCGGAUUUUGGGCAUUUUCAAGCCUGGAAAGUUUUCUUUGAACUUUUCCACUUCUGACAUUGACACUGAUGAAAGGGUUAAGAGAACGUAUUGUGCCUUGAAGAGCUGCGACCCAGUCUUGAAUAAGUUGGGCUAUCAAAAGCUCGAACGUGUUGCUUAUGACAUGAAGCACAACUGUAACUUGUUGUACUUAAAUUUCAAGAAAAGAGCAUCAGAAUAA